AUGGCUGGUAAGCCUUGCCACUAUGAGGUGCUGGGGCUAGAGCGGAGCGCCAGCUCAGGGGAGGUGAAGAAAGCCUACCGGAAGAAGGCCUUGUACUGGCACCCGGAUAAGAACCCCAACAACAGAGACCAGGCUACGGAGAUGUUCCGGCUCGUUUCGGAGGCGUACGAGGUCCUGGGAGACCCAGAGAAGAAGAGGUUCUACGACACGUACGGGCACGAAGGCGUUGCUAGCGCCGAACAGCAGCAAUCGGCGGAAGGGGCCGGAGCCUCCGGCGCUCAAUGGUACAACCAGCACAACGCCUUCCCGCACGGGAUGCGAGACCCCUUCGAGAUGUUCGAAUCCUUCUUCGGGAGAGCGGGGGCCAACAACGGCGGUGGAAUUGGAGGAGGCAUGUUCGGAAUGAUGGGCGCGGGUGGCUUCUUCGACCAGGACCCGUUCUUUGGCGGCGGCGGCGGCCGCGGGGCGGGUGGCAGCGGGGGCCGUAGCGGGGGUGGUUCGCGGCGCGGCGGCGGCGGCGGCGGUGGCGGAGGAUUCGCGCUGCAACAACCGGCAGGGAACCUCUUCCCCGGUCACGGCUUCAUGAUGGGCGGCGACGACUUCUUUGGCGGCGGCGGCGGCGGCGGCUUCGGCGGCGGCGGCUUCAGCAUGAGCAGCAUGAGCAGCAGCAACAUGGGCGGAGGGGUGUCCACCAGCACGUCGACGUCUAGGUCUACGACGAUCGGUGCCGACGGCGUCCGCCGCACCAAGUCCAGGACCGAGAAGACGGUGGUGCACCCGGACGGGACGAGAGAAACCAAGGCAAGAGGAUAAGAGCAUGAUGGUGGUGUGAUGAGUAGUGUUGUACGUCGGCGUUGUUGCUGUUGUUGUUAUUGGUGCUGGUGCUGGUGCUGGUGCUGGUGCUGGUGCUGGUGUGAUGUCUAGUGUUCGUUGUUGUGGUUGUUGGCGUCGUCGUUGCUGCCAUUGUUGUUGUUGUUGUUGUUGUUGGUGGAGGUGGUGGAGGUGGUGGUGGUGGUGGCGGCGGUGGUGGUGAUGCUGCUGCUGCUUCAGUGUAGGCACCACUCCCUCUGCAACGGAUUAUCCUGGCCAACUUUUGGACAGACCGAGUGUCACGGUCACAGCCACCUAGCUGUGGCCGGAGUAGACCAAAACCACAAACGACUUUUGAAGGCCCAUGAAUUUCAUCUCCGUGUGCNCCAGGCGCCUGUUUCCCCCCCCCCCGUUUUUGGCACCCCCUCCGUGGUGGGCCCCGAUACUUCCUCCGUUCACAUCGCUUGUCCCCCCUCCCUUUUGUGGCCUUGGGGUCCCUUCCUCUCGCCGUUUUGAUGCGUCCAGGUGGGGGAUUUAAUGGACGGUGUUCCGUUCCCCGUGUGGGGGUCAAUCGCAAACGGUUAGGUUUGAGAGAAAAGGGGAACGGGGGGGGGGGGGGGGGGCACGGGUACGCGGAUUGUGCGUGGUUGCUGUUUUCUUUUCGGGACCGUCGAAAACGUGUCUCAUAUGAGAUAAAGGAAGGCUGGUCCUCUCCUUUGUAGAGCCACUAUCACCUUCACCGGGUGCCUCUUUCGAAAGCACCUGUACGUCUGGAAAUCAGCGUCUGUAUGCGUAGCCCUUGUGUGUUCUUUUUCCUUGUGUGUGUGCGUGUGUGUGGGUCUUUGGGUGACUUUUUCCGACUUGCUUGGAUUCUCUACGGAUGAAUGCCAUUGCGAUAUGCUGUCCUCCUCUUUUUUUUUCAGGGGCGGGGUUGGGGUUGGGGGUGAUGAUCGGGCGGGUCGUUAGCGAUACACGAAUAACUUCGGCAGUGCAGAUCCUUCUCUGAUCAUUUUUUUUUCUUCUUUUUUUCUUCUUUUUUCGUGCUAAUUCCUCUUCCGAUUCGGACCACAAAGUAGCCGGCGGCGCUUGGCGCAUCAAUGUCCACAGUACUUGUGCUGUGAGUCGGGGUGGGUCUUCCGGCAAUCCUCGGCCGAACUGUCUGAAACGCUCGCGUGUGAGAGUGGGAUAAGGCAUGUAAGUGCCCACAGUUUUCCUAGUCACUGUUUUUCUGAUUGGCCGAAAUUCCUUGCAAAUCGCCAUGGCGGUGCCUUUUUUUGCUCCCUUGCCUUUGAGCUACGAUGUGUUUACCAGGUUGUUGCCCAUUCAUCCUUUCCUCUGCUUCUACGCAUGCGCCUACCGCGCGUGUGUGUUGCUAAAAAAAAAAUAACGUAGAGCGCAAGGUCGAUAAAUGAACGGGGGGUCCCGGGAAAUGAUCAGGAAAAUCUGGCGCGGCUUGUCGUGCCUAUAACGCGUAGACUGUUAAAAUGGUGGCGUCUUGCGCCGUUCAAGGGCCACAGGGACCGGGGGUAUUGUACAUGACGAUCUCUUGGUUUUCACGCUUCUGUGGGAGAAAUAGUCGAUUUCACCACUACAAUUUGUCAGAUCGGCUGUCCUAGUGUGGGGGUGUCUUGCGCUGUUCUUGCAAUGCGGGAGCGCCACGGGAAAGAGCGGGGUGUAUUGACGGUCUCCUGGUUUUUCGCGAUGCUGUAGGAGUAGUAGUAAUCGACUUCACUACUGUUGGUUGUCAAAUCGACUCACCGAGUGCGAAACACGCCGUUUGCCGCGCGUGUGUGUGUUAAUAAUAUGUAUGUGGGGGCGUUCUAUGCAUGCGUUCUUUGGUUGUCCUUUUGCCGGCCGUGUGCGCUGCUGUAUUCGGCGUAAACUAAACAACCACCAACAGAGAGACACGUCAGCCUCAGGGGGGGGCGCGCGGACGGGGUUGUACGUAGUAGGUGGUGAUGGUGUGUGUUGUGCCGAGUUGAGCAAUUAGAUUAAUCUCAUUUAUGGUGUCUAUUUCCGUGCAAGGGUAUACGUGUACGCCGCACGCCAUGCAUGUUGUGUUGUGUACGGUUGGCUGUCGAUAUCGGGUUACUAUAUACGAGUACAUUUUUUGGGAAUGUUUUUGGACGCGCACCGAAGCGGCGUCGCACUUACUUUUUUAUGUAACACGGGAAUUUUUUCUUCUUGUUUUUUCCUCCGCACUCCCUUUGCGGUGCUUGCGCCUUCAUUUCUUUUUUGUCGCGAGUACAGGGAUCGCAACCCUUACCUUCCCCUCAUUGCAAGUGUAGGAAGGCGGCUCUUUUUCUUCUUGUGUUGUUAUGGGCAACAGCUGGGGCUGUUGUUUGCUGGUGAACGAGCCCAUCAAAACAUAAGGGGGGGAAAUGCACGCCUGGCCAAGAGCA